AUGCGGCGCGCUGUCGACUUCUUCGCUCGCAGUGCGCGAAACAUGCGUGCGGCCGCGGUCACGUCCGCCAGUCGGGCGGGUCGCGGGCCCCUCAGCGCUGCGCUUGCGCCGAGGCCGGCGGUACUGCCUCGCACGCUGCUCAAACCGCGGGCGCCGCGGCGCGAGAGGCGCGGGAUGCAGGUGAGCCAAGCAUCGGGCGCGGCGUCGGGGGCGGAGGAGGGGCGCGCGGGGCUGGAGGUGGACCAGUCGGAGAGCGCAGGGCAGAGGGCAUCGCUGCUGAAUCUGCCGACGGCGCUGACGAUCCUGCGCGUGGUCGCGGUGCCGGUCCUGACGGCGUGCUGGUUCUCGGCGGCCGCGUGGGCCCCGGCGGCGUGCACGGCCGUGUUCCUGGUCGCCAGCGUCACGGACUUCCUGGAUGGCUAUUUGGCGAGGAAAAUGAACCUCACGAGUGCGUUCGGGGCCUUCCUGGACCCCGUCGCCGACAAACUCAUGGUCACGGCCGUCCUCAUCCUCUUCGCCACCACCCCCGUGUCAGGCGGGCUCCUCGCAGGCAACGAGUGGUUCUACCCGGUCUCCGCGCUCGUCAUCAUCUCGCGGGAGAUCAUCGUGUCGGCCCUGAGGGAGUGGGCGGCGGCGUCGGGGGGCGAGGCGCACAAGGCGGUGGCGGUGAACAACCUCGGCAAGUACAAGACGACCGCGCAGAUGACGGCGCUGACGCUCAUGCUGCUUGAGCGGUCGUGCCCGGGCACGACGGUGGCGGACAUUGCCGCCGCCGCGGGCGCGCCGCUCCUCGCCGUGGCCGUGUUCCUGACGGGGUGGAGCAUGGCCGUGUACAUGAGCAACGCGAUGAGGUACAUGGCGUGA